AUGGCUUCCUCAUUUCAUAUCAAAGAACAUGUUAUAGAAGCUCAACAUAUUAGGGAAUACCCGCGAGCGACAGCAAACUCUCAGGAAGAUGUUCUGCAAGUUGCAGUGAAACAGUACAUCCCCAAGAACAACCCUAACCCGCAACCGGGGGACGUUACCAUCAUUGGUGCUCAUGCCAACGGCUUUCCAAAGGAACUCUAUGAGGCGCUAUGGGAGGACCUCGUUGCAAAAUCCACAGCCCAUGGCUUCAAGAUCCGCUCGAUAUGGAUAACUGACGUAGCAUGGCAAGGCCAGAGCGGCGUCCUGAACGAGGGCAAGCUCGGCAAUGACCCAUCCUGGGCCGACGCCGAGCGCGACCUCCUCCACAUGGUGAACCACUUUCGGGACUCCAUGCCCCGACCCUUGGUCGGCAUCGGCCACUCCUUCGGCGGCGCCAUCAUCACAGGGCUGUCUCUGCUUCACCCGCGCCUGCUGCAGACCAUCGUUCUCCUCGACCCCGUCAUCGCCGUCUUCAGCAGCGCGUCGGGUCUCCUCGCGCCCAUGAUACUCUCCGCAACCCGGCGCGACGUCUGGCCCUCUCGCGCCGCCGCCGCCGCCUCCUUCGCCAAGAGCCCCUUCUACCGCGCCUGGGACCCGCGCGUGCUGGACGCCUGGGUGCGGCACGGCCUGCGCGACUGUCCCACCCUCGUGCACCCAGACGCGCCCGCCGGCUCCGUCACGCUGACCACCACCAAGCACCAGGAGUGCUUCAGCUACUUCCGCACCAAGGCGCAGCGGCUGUCGGAGGACGGGACGACGUUGGUGAUGGACGAGUCGAGGCUGCGCGAUCUGCCGCUCGAGAGGCGCGGCGACGCCGACCAGGGCCCGUUCUACCAGCCCGGCAGCGCUCGCAUCUACCACAUGCUGCCGCACGUCGCCCCCAGCCUGCUGUACGUGUUUGGCGGCACGAGCGACGUCAGCACGCCCGAGUUGCGGCGCGACAAGCUGGCCAGGACGGGCGUCGGGCUGGGCGGGAGCGGUGGCGCCGCGGCCGGGAAGGUGGCCGAGUAUGUUCUCGAGGACGUCGGCCACCUGGUCGCCAUGGACAGGCCGGGCGUCUGCGCCGAGCAGGCUGCGGCGUGGAUCGGGCCCGAGAUCGAACGCUGGAGGAGGGAGGAGUUGAAGGAGCUCGAGCCGUGGUGGCGCAAGCCUGGUCCGGAAAAGUGGACCAUGAAUGAGCAGCUCAAGUCGUUGAUACCUAAGCCUGGGAAACCAAAGUUGUAG